AUAAAAAUAGUUUGGUCAAAGUAGCUCAGAUAAAUAUACGAGUGAUCAGGAACUUUCAAAUCAUUUUGGCCAUCCUUCUAAAUCAACAGUGUGAUGUUUGGUAAAGCUUGAAAUGCCCUUAGAACGGCAAGAAGGGAGGACCCCUAGGAGACCACCGAUCGAAGCAUGGCGCGAUCGGCAUUCGCAACUGGGCGAAUCGUCCAGCAAGUCCCGCUACAAGCUGUACGAUCGACCACAGAGGUCGACAUUCGCUACCGUUCUGGACACCAUCAAGCGCGAAAGGGAUCCAGGGGCGUCCACUUCCAGAGUGGGUCCGAAACGGACCGUCCAAAUAGCGUUGGAUCGCAGGGCGAAGGAGUUGCCUUCGCUAAGGAUAGUUCAGCCGAGUCAGCCAAGGGCGUCCUUCAUCCGGGAAGACAGUCCGGUGAACAUUACAAAACGAAAGAGUCAGUACUUUAAGGAUGUGUUCAGCGAAUACAUGAAGAAACGGGCGCUCACGGUAGGACCCGUUCCUCGGCGAAUACGGAUCAUUAAGGUUUAUGGUGAGUGGGCAUGGCUUGAAGUGAUCGGUUCUACAACUUUUCACAUUUUCUUCAGUUCCUCGUAACCUGGACGAAGCCCUGGUAGAA